UAAGAAACAUAAGAAUAUCUAAUUGAUAGAGAAAUAUUGUAACCGAAAAUCAAUCCACUUUGUGACAUGUGUGGUUGGGUUUGUUCCAUUUCAUUCCACACUGAUACAAAGUUAAUAUUAUCAUCACAAAGUUAUUUCCCACAUUCAUUCUCCUUACUAGCUGCGUUCAUCUGUUUUGGAGUAUUGUAACAUGUCUUGUCUAGCAACAGCAGAUAUAUGUGACACAAACAUAUCACCUCUAUCAAGUGGUGAUUUAAGGAUACUUCAUCCAGUGUUCCAGAAGUAUGGUCAGUCUCAAGCAUUCUCAGGUCCAAUAGCUACCGUAAAAGUGUUUGAAGACAAUGUUUUGGUUAAACAACUUCUUGAAACAAAAGGAGAAGGAAGAGUUUUGGUUAUUGAUGGAAGAGGAAGCAUGAGGUGUGCUUUGGUUGGAGGGAAGUUAGUGCAGUUGGCACAAAGAAUGGGUUGGUCUGGAAUUGUAGUGAAUGGUUGUGUUAGAGAUGUGGAUGAGAUUAAUUUGUGUCAAGUUGGUGUUAGAGCUUUGGGUUCUCAUCCACUCAGGCCUGGUAAGAAAGGUUGGGGGGAAAAACAUGUUGGUGUUUAUGUUGGAGGAAGUUUUAUUGGUGAUGGUGAAUGGCUUUAUGCAGAUAAUGAUGGUGUCAUUGUCUCCAAAUUUCAGUUGUCAAUCUGAUUUAGUACUAAUGUUUUUUCAAUUAUUCAAGUCUUUACACAAUUGCUGUUUCAUGUAAUGGCUUCAUCAAAUUUUUCUGUAUUCUUUACCAGUCUUGUUGUUGCUAUUGUGUUGUUUUAUUGAAUCAAAAGUCUUUAUUCAAAGCAAUUAUUUUCUAAGAA